GUCAUCGGUUGUACAGUCGCUUCGUAUUUCCGUUUCCUCUGACAGCAGCAGGCUGUGUUGUCGUUUUAAAGAUGGAGUGAUUCUUCGUUUUUGUUUUCAUUUGCAUAGGUUGUUGUCGUCGUUUGAUGAUCACUUGAGUCUGCAACGACAACGACGCCUUACCCCGACCCUUCUCUAACCCAAUUGAAGUCAAACGCAGCAUUUAUUUGCUUUUUAAAGUGUAAAAUCAAAGAAAAUGCAUGAGAUGUUACGUCGAUCGUCCGCCAUCUUUAGAGCCAGGAGACGACACAAUACGCAUGCGCAAGCGAUGAACCAAUGAACGACCUCAUUGUUAUCGCGUCAUCGGUACCGUGUUGUUGGCCUCAGCGCCGUAUCCGGGUCUCCACAGACGCACCGUGACCGUGGCUCCAACUCUCUAAGCUUUGUGAACUGAUGUCACACGGAGCAUAGCUGCUACACGGCGGGAACAGCUCGGAGACAUGCUUUGGUUUGAGGGAACGAUCGCUGAGGCCAUCAACUCGGCUAAACAGCGGGGCUUCGUUUUUGUCGUCGUCAUUACAGGGGCAGAUGAACAGUCCGCACAGCUGAUGUCCAGCUGGGAGGACGACCGAGUCUCAGAGGCGGCUCUCCACUGCUGUGUGGCCAUCAAAGUCGAUGCCAAAAGUGAGGCAUGUGUGCAGUUCUCCCAGAUCUAUCCAGUGGUGUGCAUACCCUCUAGCUUCUUUAUCGGAGAGAAUGGAAUUCCUCUGGAGGUCAUCGCUGGUAGUGUGUCUGCAGAAGAACUGAUGAAAAGAAUCAACAGAGUCAAGCAGAUGCAUGCACAGCUGAUUGGACCUGCCAUAGUGUCACUUGAGGCUGGUGCUCUUCUGGAGACCAGAGGUACACAGUCGGUUGUAGCCUCAGAUCCAGCAGCAGAGGCCAUAGAGCCGGCAGCUGGACCUGGAUCUGCACAAGCAUCACUGUCCAGCCCAGGAGAGGAUGGCAGCCCCACAGCCACACAUCGUGCUCAGAGUGAGGACGACCUGGAUGCUAAGGUGCAAAGGUUAAACAAGAAACUGGAGGAGAGACGAGAGCAAAGGAUCAGAGGAGAAGAAGAGAAUGAGAUUAAAAAGGAAAUGGAGCGGCGAAAGACUGGCAAGGACACGCAAGACUAUAAAAGGAAACAAGAAGACGACAAGACCAAGCGACUCCUGGAGGAAAGGAAUAGGGAGAAGACGGAGGAGAAGGCUGCCAGGGAGCGAGUCAAACUGCAAAUUGCCUUGGACCGAGCUGACAGAGCGGCCCGCUAUGCCAAAACCCAGGUGGAGGAGAGGUCUUCCAAGGAGGCCCUGCUGCAGGCCCGCCAGGCAGAGCAGGAGGCCAGGAAGGAGGCACUGGUCAGGCAGAGGAGUACCAUAGCGAGGAUACAGUUCCGUCUCCCAGACGGCUCAUCUUUCACCAACCAGUUCCCCGCGCAGAGCACACUGCAAGAGGCUCGUCACUUUGCUGUUCAGGAAGUGGGAAACCGUUACGGUAACUUCUCCCUGGCAACCAUGUUCCCUCGGCGGGAGUUCACCAGUGAAGACCUGAACAAAACACUGCUGGAGCUGGAACUGGCUCCCAGCACUUCCAUCGUGCUUCUGCCGUACUCAGGAAGGCCUGCUAACAGCAUGGUCCAGUCCUCUGGGGGGGGCGUCUGGGCUGUUCUGGGCACAAUCCUCUACCCUCUGCUGGCUGUAUGGAGAUUCCUCAGCACCUUCUUGUUUACAGCCCCCCCUCCUCCUGGACCAGCAUCCCGAGGCCCCGCCCCGCAGUCCGGCUCUUAUACCAACUCAACACCGUCCUCAGACAAGGACAAGAGAGAAACUCCCUCCAAGCACACUCUGGAGAAGCAGCCCAAAGAAUUCAAGAAAGAGGGUAAAGUCUGCAGUCUGAGGACUCAGGAGGACAGCGAGGAUGAAAACAACACCUGGAACGGGAACUCCACCCAGCAGAUGUAACAUGAGAAUUCAUUCAGUCUGAUCCUUUAGUUUUCUCUGGGUCUGACUCUGUUCCAGAAAUACAUCCCGUCUCCUGACCUUGCUCCGAUUACAGCAGCUUAUACAUCCUAAUUAACUUUAUUUAUGAUUUUUUUUAUGAAAUAAUAUUGUCAUCAGACACUAAACAGCUGACCUGAAGAUGGCAUAAUCUGAGACCAGCCUCACAGGUUGUUAUGGAGUUAUUACCGAUUAGAAAUGUUUAACUUUGAAAAGUGAUUAGCUGAUUACCAGCAACUUAUCUAGAAUCCUAUCUAACAGCAGAAUGAAGACAUUUUUGUUUUGGAUGUAUAAAAUAUUUGAUCAAACAGAUUGCAGCUGCUGGCAGAGGACUGUACAUCUACACACACACACACACCAUGGCAGUAUGUUUCUACCAGCUGACAGUAGGCAACUACUGUAGUUCUCCUCAUUCAAAAAUGAAAAUAAAAGCGUUUUGUUUUUUCA